UUAAUUUUCCGAAUUUACGCUCUAAAAACAAGGAUCAAAUUGGAUACUUUCCUUAAUUAUCAAAUCAAAUCAAAUGCGAUCUCGACGAAUCAACAUCAGCAUCGUCUUCUUUAGUGUUUUUCACCAUCUUCCACCUCUAACUUACAUAGACAGCUCCUUUCCACCUGUUUCUUCUCUCUCUCUCUUUCUCUUUCUCUUUUAUAUUUAUUCUCCGACAAAAGAAAAAGUACAAGAAACCCAUCAAAAAGAAGUUUAAGAAACUAACAUUUGUUCUGCUUCUUCUAACCAUCCAUGGGUUCCUCUGCUUCUAAAACAACUUCUUCUUCUUCUUCAGCCUCGGCUUUGAAUUCAUCUCCGGAGACGAAACUCAACUCCAAAGUCUCCUCUUCUUCCGUCGCUAAAGCUUUCACGUUUCCGAUGCCGUCGAUUCAUCAUCCACCGGCUAAAAAAGGCGAUACGCACCAUUUCGUCUCCCUUACGUCCACCACUUACGGUUCUCUUCUUCUCGACGGAGCUUCCGAAAGACAAACACUGCCUCAUCUCUCUGUUUCAGGGAAGAGUAGUAACAAGAAGACGACUGAAACAGAGGAGUCACGCGAAUCGUUGUCUCCUGACUCAGUGAUCAACACAUGGGAGCUCAUGAACGGCCUCGACGAUUUGGAGGAUUCUGAUACAAGUAAGCGUAGUUCCGCCCUAAAGUUUGAUUCUUUUUCUAAACCCAUCGAGAAUCGAGUCGUUGGUAGUAAUGGUUGUGCGUUGAAAUUGGACGAGUCUUACGAAUUCGUAAGAAUCGAAGAAGAUGAUGAAGAUUGGAGAUUGUUGCCUUUUAAGCCUAAGCAACCUCUGUGGAAACAUAUGUCUGAAGAAUCAUUUCUCUCUGACUUAGAUCCUAAUAUCAUCUCAUCUUACAAGAAAGCAUUGUCUUCUAAGCAACUGGGCAAAACCAGUAGCACUAGAUCCUUCUCUUGCAGCCACUCAAAUCAGUCGGCACUACCAGAGUCUGCAUCUUCGAGUCCACUGAGUUCUCAGAAUUUGGAAGACCUAGAAAAACCAAGAUUGCUUGAGACAGAAGAUAACAAUAACAAGAUAGUAUUGUACUUCACUAGCCUCAGAGGAAUUCGAAAGACUUAUGAGGAUUGCUGUUGCGUCAGAACGAUACUGAGAGGGUUUCAGGUUGCUGUAGAGGAACGAGACAUCUCAAUGGACUCCAAAUACAGGAAAGAGCUUCAGAUCGCACUCGGCGAAGAGAAGCCAGUUUGUUUACCUCAGGUGUUCAUAAAAGGUAUCCGCAUUGGUGGGAUUGAGGAGAUCAAGAAACUCAACGAUGGAGGCGAAUUAGGAGAAAUGUUAAAAGGCUUUCCAGCUUGUGAAACCGUGGGAGCUUGUGAUUGCUGCGGAGAUGCAAGGUUUGUGCCGUGUACUAAUUGUGGCGGUAGUACUAAAGUGUUUGAGGAACAAGUAGAUGGGUUUAAGAGAUGUGAUGGAUGCAAUGAGAAUGGUUUGGUACGUUGUAACAAGUGUUGUCUUUAGUAAUUGGGUUCGUUUGAUUGAUGUUUGUUGUGAAAUGUGAAAAGAUAUGACUUUUGACUUUAGAUAUGUUUGUUUGGUUGUGUUCUUUGAAUUAUAAUGUUUGUUUUCUUGUACAUUGAGUUAUUGAAAUACUAGAAGUGAUGUCUUAAUUGCCUCAA